UGAGCACGAUCCGACAGGCAGCUGGGUCGCUACCUGCCCGAAUACCCUGUAAUACCCAGGAAAUUACUUGCCCAGGAAGAGAAGCAAGAUGGCUAUCAAAGGUUGCCUGAGCGUUACCAAAUAUUUCCUGUUUGUCUUCAACCUGUUUUUCUUCAUCCUGGGAGGCAUGCUUCUCUGCUUUGGGCUCUGGAUCCUAUUUGACAGAGGCAGUUUUGCAACUAUGAUAGGCUCCUCGGUGCCCACCUUGAAGGUCUGGUCAUAUGUCUUCUCUGGCGUGGGAAUCCUCACCAUGCUGCUGGGUUUCCUAGGCUGCCUCGGGUCACUCAAGGAAAUCAAAUGCCUGCUGGGAUUUUAUUUUGCAUUCCUUCUCCUGCUGUUUUCUGCACAGAUCACCAUUGGAGUGUUGGUGUACACUCAGAGGAAUAAUCUGAGUACCAGACUGGGUACCAUUGUUGAAUCAGUUAUAAAGAACUAUGGCCUAUAUGCAAACCAGACAGAUUUGGAGGAAGGCUGGGACUUUGCUCAAGAAAAGAUGCAGUGCUGUGGCUGGUAUGUACCAGAGGACUGGCUGAAAAACCAUAAGAUGCAGAACAUAUCCAUAAACCUGUAUCCUUGUUCCUGCCGGAAUGUUUCUGCUUUCCAUACAAACAGCAGUGUUAACUCAUCCAUGGAAUUCCCAGAGGCAAAGGCUGGAUUCUGCAUCUCUGGUGCCAAAGACAAAUGGCCAGUAUAUCAGACAGGUUGCAUGAACACUCUGCAGGCAUUUCUCCUAAAUAACAGCAUCACCAUUGUCGGCGUGUGUAUAGGUAUCGCUAUGCUGGAGCUCUUUGUCAUGACAUUGUCGAUGUGUCUGUGUAGAAACCUGGACCAAAACUACAACAAGCUGGCACGCUACUCUUAGGUGGGAUGUCUUCUUCUCCUGCGCAGUUUAUCGAGGACAGAAGACUGGACAUCACUUUACAGCUGAGCGCUUGCUUACGGAUUUUCUGCUUCGUGUUCAUCUCGAACACCUCGGCAGGUUCUUUUUAGCCCAGUUUGUUUAAUCUGUUAAGGUUUCCCAAUCGGCUAACAGUCAGCUUUCACCUGAACAUCUCCCAGGGCCAAAAUCCUGAGCUGCAGACCACUAGGCCGGAGAUGUCCUGAGCUAAUACAGUUAUUCUUGAAGGACUUGAUGGUCUUCUUCUCAUCCUCAGCAACUGCGUCACAGACAUUUCCUCAGAAAGACUUGUUUUUUUCUAAUGUAACAAAAAGCGCGGGCUGAUUUCACAAAGGGCUGCCAUUUUCAGUAUUUCACAGCAUACAGGGCUGAAGUGGAGUGUAAUAUAUUUGUAAUGUCUUUGAGCAUGUAUUUUGUAGUGACAACCAACUGCCGCACAAAACUGAUACAUGGAUCAGUGGUGACACCUAAGAGUCAAUAUGUUUCUUUAUAGAUUUUCUUUUAUUACUAGAAUUUAAGGUACAACAUUUAGGGCUCUUACACACGAGCGUUAAUUCGUGCGCUCCCCUGCUUUGCGCUUUCUUCUGUUCAUCGCAGGAAAAAACGCCCGUGUAAGAGCCCUUAAAGGGCUAUUUUUUCCAUGAUCUGUUGAUACUCUUUUAAAGAGAUACGGACCCCAGAAAAUAAUCUUUUUUUUAUAUCUAUCAUAACAUUAUCUUUGAAUGCUAUUUAUAAUUUUGCCAUAAAUGUAUUUGCCUGAUGCUUUUACAUUACCUUUCUUAUUACCCUGUUCCUCUAGGAGAGGCUGCCAUAUCUGUGCAGCAGGAGUCCGUUAGUAUUAGAAACUCUAACUGACAAGUUGAGAAUGGACAGUCAGGUUGACAAAACAUUCAGGUUUAGGAACUUCAAUCAACAAUUACUUACAAAAGCAGAACUAUCAGCAAUAAACGAUCAACAUUACAUUUCAUGUAGAUGAAUAUUUUGAAAUGAAAUUUUUAGUGUCAGUAUCACUUUAAGCUUGUUUAUCAAAACGGCCAACUCUGAACAGUUGGAUUACUUAGUAUAAAUGUAUUUGAAGAUCAUUUUUUUGUAACUUUAACUAAGCAAUUUAGUUCAAAGUAAAAUCAGUUAAAUGAGUCCUGGUUGUUCAGAAUGACAGUUGCAAUGAAUUGGACAUUCCUGCGGGUCUGCUCCUGGAAUUUACUGGGUCCCAGAGUGAAAUCCUUUCAGGUUCUCUUCUUCCUCUAAAGAUCUGGUUUCCAGUCAGGGUCAGACUGGGCCAGCGGGACACUGGGAAAAAAACUGGCCUAAACCCUGGGCCCCCAGUCAGAUGCUGUUUCCAUUCAUGUGUUCAGUAUUACCCAUUCAUGUAUUGACUGAAUGGGUCCUAGCCUAGGGGGGUUUAACAUACAUUUUAAAAUAGAAGAAAGCAGGCAGACAGGAGGGUGCAGUGGUUUGCUUGUAGGAAACAUGGAGGCAUUUAGACCUAUGGUACAGUGACGGCCGAAUAAAUUUCCACGUUUAGCCGCCGUGGAAUAAAUUCGCAAAACUCCCGCGAAAAUUUGUCAAUGUCAAAAUAAUUUGGACACACGUCGAAAAAGUUGCUCAUGUCAAAACUGUCACACGGCAACGCUAUUCGGAUGCCCAUUGACUUUAUUUUACACCCGCGUCAAUUUUGACGUCCACGUUAAAGUCCUACUAAUCCUACAUUUGCCAAGUGAUUUUAACAACGAAAUGCAGUUUACAAAAUGUACAUUGUACACAACUGUUUCACCUGUAUUUCAGUAUUGUCGAGUGAUUGUUUUGUUUGUUUUUAAUUUGUAUACAGUUUUCUAUGUUUUUCAUAUACAGCAGAAUUUGCAUGGAAUUUAAUAAAUAACUUCAAACUGG